AUGGGCGUCCUCGGACUCCACUACUUCUUCAGAUGCUACUUUUCCGAGCAAGUAAUGUCCGGCUUCAUCGUCGGUGGCUGUGUCCACGUCGUAUUCUCACAACUUGGCGAUGCACUUGGAAUUAAGCUGCCGAAGCGUAAUGGUCCAGGAUACCUUUACUAUCGCCUCCUCGACCUCAUCGAGCUUUUCCCGACCCUCCAUAUGCCUACGACCUGCAUUUCAGUCCUCUCCGCCUUGUUCCUACUCAUCGGAAAGGAAAAGCUGACCCCGUGGCUGGCCGAAGUUUUCAUGUUUCCGGUGCCCUACGAGUUGAUUUUGGUAAUCGUCGGAAUUACGGCUACAAAUUUUGCCGAGCUGGCGAGGAGAUACCAAGUACAAGUCGUGGGCAAUAUUCCGACGCAUUUCCCUCCACCAUCACCGCCACGUCUCGACCUUGUCCCUUCUAUUUUACAUCAUUCAUUCGGAAUCGCUUUGGCUGCCACCGCCAUUCACCUUACCGUAGCCAAGGUCGUCGAGAAGCGUUACAAAUACAAGAUUGACUAUGCACAGGAGCUGUACGCCCUCGGCUUUACCUCACUUCUCUCAUCCCUAUUUCCGGUCUUCCCUUUCACAUCGGGAUUUGCAAGAUCCGUGAUCGGAGCGGCGGUGGGGAGCAGUACGCAGUUAACCUGCUUCUUCUCGUCGGUGGCUCUCUUGUCGGUGAUCCUCUACAUUGGAACGGCCCUGGAAUACUUGCCACAAUGCAUCCUUGCCACAAUGAUCAUCCUCUCCCAAAAACUCAUCUUCGCCAAGUUCGACGAGCUGAAGGAGCUGUGGCCCGUUUUCAAAUACGAUUUUGCUAUCUGGAUCGUCUCCAUGCUAUUCACGAUCUGCUGGGACAUUGCCGAGGGAAUUUUGUUGUCUGUCGGGUUCGCGGUGCUUACUACUGUAAUAAGGAGCCAAAAACCUCGCUGGCAUUACUUGAUCGCCAGCGCCGAUGGGGCGUUUAGGGAAACGAAGCGAAAAGAACUAGAAAUG